AUGGAUGGUAAAAUGUUACCAGACACUUUCGUGACGAUGAGUAACGGUGAAAAAAUGCCAAUUCUUGGGCUUGGAACAUGGCAGUCCAAAGGGCCUGAUGUAAAAAAUGCAGUGGAAGCAGCUUUGAAAGCCGGCUACAGAAUGAUCGACACGGCUCAGGCGUACGACAACGAGGAACAUAUCGGCGAGGUGGUCAGCAGGAUGCUGCAGUCUGGCCAGAUUAACCGAAGCGAUAUUUUCAUUACUACAAAGCUGUUGGGGUCUAAUCAUCACAAGGAAGAUGUAGAAAGAAGUCUUCGAGAGUCUCUGAGGAAGCUGAGAAUGGACUACGUCGACCUGUUCCUUAUUCAUUCACCGAUGGCCACCAAGAACGUCGAAGGAUACCUGCUGCCGAUUAUAAACGGCGAGUUGGUAGGCGACCUGGUCGAUCACAUGGAAACUUGGCAGGCACUUUCGCUUUUAUCAACUCAUUGCAUUAUGCUCCGCUGGCUGAUCAACCGCAGAAUAGUUGUCAUUCCGAAAAGUAUAAGGCCGGAACGAAUCAAGGAAAAUAGAGACGUGUUUGAUAUCCGACUGUCUGACGAGGAGAUGAACCAGUUGUCAAACCUGAGCAUCCGCGAACGACUGUUUAAAUUUCCCUGGUUUGCUUAA